AUGUGGUCGUACCUGUUUGGUGCUGGAGCUGCGAACAAGAAUAAAGAUGCCCCAAAAAAGGCCAUCUUAGAUCUGCGGGAGCACAUAACGCUUCUGGGAAAGAAAGAAGCUCAUUUGCAAACACAAGUUACCACCCAGGAACAAGCUGCUCGGCAACUACUCGGGAAAAACAAUAAAGUUGGGGCAAAAAAUGCGUUAAAGCGCAAGAAGACGUAUGAGUCGCAACUGUUAAAAAUCCAGGCGCAAAUGGAUUCUCUGGAGCAACAGCUGCACUCCAUCGAAUCUGCUAAUUUGAACUUGGAGACGAUGAAGGCCAUGAAACAAGGUGCGUCCGCCAUGAAGAAUAUUCACAAAGGUAUGGAUAUUGAUAAAGUUGAUGAGACCAUGGACGAGAUCCGCGAGCAGGUGGAACUGGGCGAAGAAAUCUCGGAUGCCAUUUCCAGACCUUUGCAUGCUGGUGCUGAAGUGGAUGAGGAUGAAAUCGACGAAGAACUGGAGGCUUUGGCCGCCGAAAACGUCAAGCAAGAAGUUGUACCACCUCAAAGACUCCCAUCGGUACCUCAGGACAAGGUUUUCGAGUGGGACAGGCCGCAAGAAGCUACGCGAACCGAAGAAGAAGAAGAGGAGGAAGACGAAGACGAACGUGCGCUACGCGAACUUCAGGCAGAAAUGGGCUUAUGA